AUCAUCCCUAAUUUCAGUUCGGCGAAAACCACACACCCCCGAAAAAAAACACAAAUGGCCCUCGCAUCGAGAUGUUGUGCCAGAGUAGUGCGCCCUUCCUCCUUCAGCCUGAGACUUUCCCAACCGGUAGUUUACACUCCCGCCCGACGAUGGAAUUCCACCACCACCACCACAAAUCCUAAGAUUUCCGGGAUCGUCGACCAGAUCUCCGGCUUGACUCUCAUGGAGACGGCAGAUUUGGUCUCUCUCCUGAAGGUUCGUUCGUCGCUCCCGUAUCUUCACCUGUUCCGACACUCGCAUUAAUGCAUAAUCUUGUUAUACUAGUCCCGCUUGAAUAUCCCCGAUGUCGCUCUCCAAUCAUUUAGCGCAGGUCCGGCAAUCGCUGCGCCCGCUGCCGCUGCAGAAGAAGAGGCUGCGGCCGAACCGGUACAAGAGAAGACAAUGUUCAAUGUCAAGCUCAUGUCCUUCGGGCCCGGUGCCAAGCCGAAGAUCAUCAAGGAAGUUAAGGGUUUGCUGGGACUGUCGCUGGUGGAUUCGAAGAAGUUUGUGGAAAGCGUGCCGAAGAUGCUGAAGGAGGGUCUUGUCAAGGAGGAAGCGGAGAAGAUACAGAAGACUCUAAAGGACCUAGGUGCUGUGGCUGCUUUGGAGUAAGGAAGAUUAGGGGGUCCUUAGAGUGGGGGGAUAUACCGGUAUAAUUCCCGGCGACAUACCUUGUGGAAAUUAUUGCGUGGGGAGUAUGUAUAUUUAGAUGAAUCACGAGAUAGGAUUCACGGUCUCUGUAAAAAAUGCAUCUUUACAAACCCUUUUUCUUACACCUGUAUAAACUAUUUUACAGAGUUGCAAUGUUA